UACAUUUUCAGCAAAAUGACCUUAAUUUGGAAAGCAGUAGCAUUUAGUCACCGACAGGAGGCGGAAACGCCAACACUCUGCGGGAUAAAGCAGCAAGAAGAAGCCCGAGGUCCACUCAUACAAAAAACAACAACACGAACCUCGCAACCAGGAACGUUUGCAGAGUGAAUGGAGGAUGGAGGAAAGUCACAAGAAGGUUCUUCAGCGAUACAGGAUAAAUAUUGUCACUGGUUUGGAACCAUCAAGCCUCUAUGACCGCCUGCUGGAGAAAGGUGUUUUUACUCAAGACAUGAUCGAUAAGAUUAAGAGCAAAGAAACAAGACGGGACCAAGCCAGGCAGCUUGUCAAGGACCUGGUGACCCGUGGAAGUCGGGCAUUCCCACUUUUUUUGGAAUGUCUUCAUGAGUCAGACCAGCACAGUCUGGCAGAUCUCCUCCAAAGCAGAGCAUCAGCAGUUCCAGGGUCAACAUCCAACAUCCACAUUAGGCCUGUUGUCCGGACUCUUCCACUUUCAUCUGCAGUGGAUUUCCAGAAGCAAAUGAAUGCUACUAAUACCACUGUCCAUCCAAUGCAGACGCCCACAUUAUCACCCGAGAGGGAGAUGCUACAAUCUCAAACCCAGGCCAGGGCUCGCAUGCAAGGCAGGACACGACGGGAUAGCCUCCAAAGCUACAGAAUGGACACCAGCCCGUGCGGACAUUGCCUCAUCAUUAACAAUGUGGAUUUUGAGCCGCAGACUCAGCUGAGUUGCCGUCUGGGGUCCAACAUCGACUGCGAAAAACUGGAGAGAAGAUUUAAAGCGAUGAACUUUAUGGUGGAAGUCAGAAUUAACCUGAAACAAAGGAAACUCAAGCACGAAUUGUCAGAGUUAUCGAAAAAGGACCAUUCUCCAUAUGACUGUUGCGUGGUCAUAAUUCUGUCUCAUGGGACCGAGGUGAGUCACAACAGAUUCCCCGGUGCUGUCUAUUGUGUGGAUGGACAAUACGUUCCAGUUCAGAACAUCACAAACUACCUCAACGGGAAAUUCUGUCCAUCCCUGCAGGGAAAACCCAAGCUUUUCUUCAUCCAGGCUUGCGGAGGAGGGGAAAAAGACAGAGGCUUUGAGGUACCUGAUGAGUUUGAACCAAACAAUAGCGGAGAGGAUGACCAGAUGGACGCCAUCCCCACAUCGUCCAGCAGCGACUCUCUGAGCAUGUCUGAUGAACCUGACGCCAGAGCCACACUGCCCACUUCGAGUGACAUUCUGGUGUCCUACUCUACUUUUCCUGGCUUCGUGUCCUGGAGGGACACUCAGUCUGGUUCAUGGUACAUCGAGACGCUGGACCGCAUCCUGGAGGAAAAUGCUGCUGCCCAUGAUUUGGUCUCAAUGUUAACCAUGGUCAACAACGAAGUCUCUCAAAACUCUGCAAAGGGCUACAAGCAAAUGCCAGGUUCUUUUAACUUCCUCCGCAAACAUCUUUACUUUCAAACCCCGCGCUAAAACUCACUUUGGCAAAACAAACCAAAACUCGAAUUGUCAAUCACAUUAUAGCCAUAAUUCACUCUGUACUUUUCAGAUGCUUUCUAAAAAAAUUUUUUUCAGGCACAGUGUCGUUUUUACCAGUUCAGGGCAGUCAAAUUUUGAAAUACAAUCUGCACUUAAACGUCGCAAUCCUUGCCAAUUAAAAUAGCUUUUUAUGACAACCGAUUUUUACGGAGCUGGAAUAGUACGCUUCUGUUGUCGUGCUGGGAACUUUGCAAAAUAAAAUCUCUAAAACAACACAACUUUUUCAAAAAACUUGGGUUUUGUUUUUUCAACAUUGGGUGAGAUUUCACAUAGGGUAGGAACAUUUACAAAGUACAUUUCUAUAUUUCUUGAUGUUUUUUCACCUCUCCAACCUGUUUUUUCAUCAAAAUACCCACCAAACAGACUUUGGUGCUUCUUACUACUUCUUUUUAGACAUGUUGAAUUGUGCAAGUGUAAUAAUGUAAUUUUUUCUAUUGCUAUUUUUCUGUAUUUCUGUAAAUGAUUGUGGCUCCAAGCAGUCAAAAUUAAACCACAAAACAAACAUUGGA